CUUCCAGUCAGGCUCUCUCCCCUUCCUUUUUCUAUUGAAGUAGCAGCCAUGAGCAUGCUCAGGCUUCAGAAGAGGCUCGCCUCCAGCGUGCUGCGAUGCGGCAAGAAGAAGGUCUGGCUGGACCCCAACGAGACCAAUGAGAUCGCAAAUGCUAACUCUCGCCAGCAGAUCCGUAAACUGGUGAAGGAUGGUCUCAUCAUUCGCAAACCUGUCACGGUCCACUCCCGUGCCCGCUGCCGCAAGAACACGCUGGCGCGCCGCAAGGGAAGACACACUGGCAUUGGUAAGAGAAAGGGUACAGCUAACGCCCGUAUGCCCGAGAAGCUGACCUGGAUGCGUCGCAUGAGGAUCCUUCGUCGUCUGCUGCGCCGUUACAGGGAGGCCAAGAAGAUUGACAGGCACAUGUACCACAGCCUCUACCUGAGGGCCAAGGGUAAUGUGUUCAAGAACAAACGCAUCCUGAUGGAGCACAUCCACAAGCUGAAGGCAGACAAGGCUCGCAAGAAGCUCCUGGCUGACCAGGCAGAGGCUCGUCGCUCCAAGACAAAGGAGGCCCGUAAGCGCAGAGAGGAGCGUCUCCAGGCCAAGAAGGAAGAGAUCAUCAAGAACUUGUCCAAGGAGGAGGAGACCAAGAAGUAAUUCACCACUUGAUCCUGCCAGACUCUGCCAGCCUUUGAGUGUGGACAAUAAAAGUGUACAUAAAAGACAA